AUGGUGUUUGCGAAAGAUGAGGUGGAUUAUUCCCUGUACCUAGUGACAGAUUCUACUAUGCUCCCUGAAGGGACGACACUUUAUUCACAGGUGGAAAAUGCUCUAGAGAAUGGUGUAAGUCUUGUCCAAUUGCGUGAGAAAAACGUUGAUACAAAGAAAUUCAUUGAAGAAGCUAUUGAGAUUCAAAAACUAUGUAAAAAGUUUGAGGUCCCGCUGAUCAUUAACGAUCGUAUUGAUGUGGCUUUAGCAAUUGAUGCUGAUGGUGUUCAUGUCGGUCAGGAUGAUAUGCCAAUCCCUAUGGUUCGUAAACUGGUUGGCCCUGAUAAAAUCAUUGGUUGGAGUGUUGGAUACACUCAUGAAGUUGAGCAAUUGGCUCAAUGGGGGCCAGACUAUGUCGAUUAUAUUGGGAUUGGAAUGGUAUUCCCCACAAAUACCAAGAAGAAUGCAAAAAAGUCACCAAUGGGACCCCGUGGUGUCGCUAGAAUUCUAGAUGCUCUAGAAAAUAAUAAUGUGGAUUGGUGCAGGACUGUUGCCAUUGGUGGGUUACAUCCAGAUAAUAUUAGCAGAGUGCUGUACCAAUGCAAUUCUCUGAGUGGUCAGAGAUCAAUAGAUGGUAUCUCUGUGGUGAGUGAUAUUAUGGCGGCUAAGGAUGCAGGUGCGGCUACUAAAAAUUUACGGGAUAUUCUUGACAAAGGUUAUUACUCGUUUGUGAAUCUUCAACUGUCCAUCAAGACAAUUUAUGACCUCGAUUUUAGCUCUCAUACCAAACGUUUCUUGGAGCAGGUUGCUAAAAACAGACCUCUUGUACAACACAUUACCAAUAAGGUUCAUCAAAAUUUUGGUGCAAAUGUAACAUUAGCAAUUGGAUCUUCCCCCAUUAUGUCAGAGAUUAAAGAAGAGGCGAAUGACUUGGCACAUAUUCCUCAUGCCGCAUUGCUUGUGAACACCGGUUCUGUGGCACCAUUGGAGGUUGUAAAGACCGCCAUUCAAGCUUACAACGAUGUUAAAAGACCUAUUGUCUUUGAUCCAGUCGGUUACAGUGCAACCACAACUAGAAUAGUUCUGAAUGACACUUUACUAGCCUCUGGUCAAUUUACUUGUAUCAAGGGUAACACUGGUGAAAUUUUAUCUUUAGCUGGUUUCUCAGGGAAGAUGAGGGGUGUUGACGCACAUGAGGGAGAUUUUGAUAAGAAUCUUUUAGCGCAAGCGACUCGUGAGGUUGCAUUUAGGUUUAGAACUAUUGCUGUUUGCACGGGAGAAUUGGAUUUCAUAGCUGAUGGAACAUUGGGUGGCACGUAUUCUCUAUCCGAUGGUACUAAGGAUCGGGUACUCAAGGAUCUUCCCUGUGUUGUCGUGAGUAACGGUCCAAUUCCUUUAAUGGGCGAUAUCACUGCCAGUGGAUGUUCUUUGGGUUCAACUAUUGCAUCACUUCUCGGCGGUGCAAAUAGUGACGAGAAUCCAUUUGAACUGGUAGUUGCCGCCGUGGAGCUUUACAAAGAGGCUGGGAGAUUGGCUUCGUUGUCCAGUGAGGGUUCAGGUAGCUUUCACGUACAAUUAAUCGAUAAAUUGUACAACUGCUUCCGCAGUAACCCAAGGACUUGGGCGCCCAAAGUUGAAACUUUGAAUUGA